CGCGGAGCAGUGACGCAGAACCGAGCGUGGACCCCGCCGUCGCAUUCCCCGUGCCCCUCGCCCACGCCGACGCCGAGCACCCUGACGGUGCAGCAACCGUACGCACCGACGCAGAGCAUGCCGGAUAUCCAGGCGGCGUCGGCGCCGACGCUCGCGGUGCCGCGGGGUCACCUGGGGUCGCCGGGGUCGCGGGGGACGACGUUUCCGCCGCCGUCGCCGAGGUCGCUGCAGCGGUCGCUCCGGAUUCCGCAGAGCAGGAACCCGCCGUUGAUGAAGGUGGGGCACAUCUCGGAGUCGGCCUGCACAGAGUCGGACUACGAGAGUCGGCACGGGAUCCCGCUCAUCACAGGGACGCCGGCGAGCCCCGGAUCGGAGCGGUCGACGCCGGUGGAGCGAGAGGUGGAGGAAUCGGAGGAGUCGGACGGGAGCUGCGGAACGACGAUGGUCCUCGCUCCCGGGUCGGAGGCGAACAACCCCAACGCUCGGCGCCUGUCGAGGUCCGAGCAGAGGCGGUAUCACACGGCGGGGGCCAUCGAGGACAUCAAGAAGCAAGACAGCCGAGACGCCGGGAUCUACAAGCGUCUGUCGCUGAACUACGGCCCCAACAGCGGGCAGGGGAGCGGAGGCGGGGGCCCGGGGAAGGUGCCGGGGGGGAAGUGCCUCAGCUCAGACUCCAUGCAGAGCAGCAGCGGGGUGAGCAGCACGGGGAGCACGGCGCAGCUGUCUUCGCUGGAGCUGGACGACGACCCGCAUCACGUCCACUCCAGAGGCGGAGAGAUGACGGGGGAGAGGAUGGCGGGCGAGGGAGGAUUCCGGGGAUCGGUCCUCCACCCCCACGGGGUGUCCAUGCCGCACAUCUCCACCACGUACAUCUCCCACGGGGACACGCCGACCAACUCCAUCUACGUGGGGUCGGAUGAUGCCGUCCUCCAUCAUCAGCUGUAUGGGGUGCAAGAUCAGGUUCGGAUCGACGUGCCGGGGGGGCCGUUGCAGCUGGGGGACGGUCAGGGGAGUUCUUCGGUGCAGAUAUCCAUCCCGGGCCCGGAGGCGGAGAUCCUCAAGAAUCUCAUUCUGAGUGAUUCCUCCAUCGAAGCCUCGUACGUU